GGAGCUUAAGAUUGGACCUACCUUUGCUCUAUUUACACUGAUAAAGGGCUACCGAUAAGUAUGAUUUCAGAGCCGCUGUUGUUUGCACUAGCACUGGUCGAUACAGGCGUCGUUCUUUUCAUGCUAGUUUACUUCGUAAUAACACUCUCGGAUUUAGAAUGUGACUAUUUAAAUGCUCGGCAGUGUUGUUCAAAACUUAAUCAGUGGGUGGUACCAAAACUUGUAGCGCAUACAUUUUUAGUAUUAGUUCUAUUACUUUAUGGUCAGUGGAUACUGACUUUGGGAAAUCUACCAAUGAUUAUUUGGCUCUUCUAUGAGUACUUCACAGUGCCUAAGGGAAACAUGGGUAUCUAUGAUCCAACGGAAAUCCACAAUCGUGGUCAGCUCAAGAGGCAUAUACGAGAUUGCAUGAUAUACCUCGGGCAUUAUCUCAUCUUCUUUUUCAUCUACCUUUAUGGCAUGAUUAUAGCUCUAUUAAAGGGUGAUCCUACAAGUGACACAGUCUACGAUCCAGUAGAGUUUUAAUUACCAAAGAAACAAUACGUAUCUAUAAGUCUCUUCAUAUUAUUUAUACAUAACCUUAAUGUGCAUAUUCAUUAUUUAAGUGAUUAUUUAUUAAACGAAAUCUGCCCAGUCAAAGAUGGUACAGUUGAGAUAUUCAAUGUACUUAGAAAGUUAACCUGUGAGAAUGCUCCUAAUAAAAACACAUAUUUUUAAACAACAGAA